AUGAGAGAGGAUAAUCAUGAAAUUCAAACACCAAAGAAGGAACAUCUACCACUUCCUUCCACUCGCAAGGCUAAACAGAUGAAUGCUGCAUCGAAGAAGCUACAUCAUCAGCAGCAAAAGAGCGUCAAGAAGAACUUGAGUUCUGUUUUAAAUUCUGUUACUGAGGAGGAUGUUGGCUUAAACCUUCCGGAGAAAGAGGCAACCGAGAAGUUCCCGUCGAUCUCAGAUUCGGUUGACGCUGAUCAGUCUACUGUAGAGAUCGGCAAACCGAGCUUAACUUCUGAUCAAACGAUUAUUCCGGACAAAUCCGUUGUGCUUGAACAUCCAGAAGAGUCGGUUGAGAUCGCUACAAUCUCAGAGGCUUUCGUUUUUGGUAGAGAUCGAUCCAAUGAGUCAAUCGAGAGCUACAUUGUGUCUUUGGAUCAUUUCGCUUCACCAACAUCUGUAACUCCAUUGCCAUGCGAUUCGCCUGCUCUGUCAUCCAUAACAACUGUUGAAACGACUCCAUUUUCAUCCUCCAUAACUGCUGAAGCUUCUCCAGUUCAUGUUUCUUCUGGUGAUGGAUCUACAACACAAGAUCAAACCGAUUCAUUUAAACUAGAAUUUCUGGUAAAGCAUCUAAGGGAAUCCAUGUUCGAGGUUUUGCAUUCAGCUGAUAUUGAUCCACAGUAUAAGAAGCUUCUGGAUUCGUUGGUUAAGAUGGUGAUUGAAGAGUUCUUUAGCUUGCAUGAAGAAAGGGACAUGGUUAUUCAUCUGUUUUCAAGGAGAAUAAAGAUCACGAUGCUGAGCUUUGUGCUGUGUAUAAUCGCUGUUUCUUCUGGAUUUUUCCUUCUUUCCGAUGGAAGCUCUUACAAUGGCCCUUCACCAACCUAA